AGCUUCAUUUACAUAAAGCGAUUCCGGGCGGGAGGGCGGGCGAGCCGGCAGCGGGCAGGCCGGGGACGGGGACGCGAGCGCCGCGCCCCGUGGGUGAAUCCCCGCCGCGCGCCCGGGGACCCUCCCUCCCGGGGAGGAGCGACCACCGGCCCCGGCCGCCACCAUGAGCCCCCCUCCCCAGCCCCAGGCACCCCCGCACCUAGCCAGAGCCACCUUAGAGCCCCGGGGGCAGCGGGAGGUGGGGAGAAGGCCGCCUGGGGUGGUGGGUAAGUUCGGGGCUCCGGUGCCGCUGGAAUUUCCCAUUGUCGCUUCCGCCGAGGCCCCCGGACCUGCGAGUGCCUCCUCCCUCCGGAGGUGUGCGGAGCCUUUGUGCGCCAGGUCCAAUCCGUACUGGGUGCAAUGAAAGCUCCACGCAGGCCUUACCAUGGAAGGCUGUGACUCGCCCGUCGUCUCGGGGAAGGACAAUGGGUGCGGUAUCCCUCAGCACCAGCAAUGGACUGAACUCAACAGCACCCACCUCCCCGACAAACCCAGUAGCAUGGAGCAGCCCACAAGCGAGAGCCACGGGCCCCUGGACGGCCUGAGGGCCCCCUUCAAUGAGCGCCUCGCGGAGAGCACCGCCCCGGCCGGGCCCGCCGCCGAGCCCGCCGCCGCUGCCGCCGCCGGCAAGGAGGUCAGCUGCAACGAGUGCUCGGCCUCCUUCGCCAGCCUCCAGACCUACAUGGAGCACCACUGCCCCGGCGCCCGCCCCCCGCCGCCGCCGCCGCCGCCGCCGCCUCCGCCCCUGAGGGACGAGAGCGGGAGCGACAGCAGCGAGGAGGGGGACGAGGAGAGCGACGUGGAGAACCUGGCCGGGGAGAUCGUGUUCCAGCCGGACGGCUCGGCGUACAUCGUCGAGAGUCUGAGCCAGCUGACCCAGGGCGGGGGCGCGGGCGGCGGGCCUCUCCCGUCCCUCUUCCUGAACUCUCCCGCCGCCGCCGCCGCCGCCGCCGCCUCGGGGGGCAAGCAAGGGGACCCUUCCUGUGCGGCACCCGUCUACCCCCAGAUCAUCAACACUUUCCACAUAGCCUCAUCCUUCGGGAAGUGGUUUGAGGGCCCAGACCAGGCUUUCCCGAAUACCUCAGCCCUGGCGGGGCUCAGCCCCGUCCUGCACAGCUUCCGCGUAUUCGACGUGCGACACAAAAGCAACAAGGAUUACCUAAACAGCGACGGCUCUGCCAAAAGCUCCUGCGUAUCCAAAGAUGCUCCCAACAACGUGGACCUGUCCACCUUCGAUGGCUUCGUGCUCUACGGCAAGCGGAAACCCAUUCUGAUGUGUUUCCUCUGCAAGCUCUCCUUUGGCUACGUCCGUUCGUUUGUGACCCACGCGGUGCACGACCAUCGAAUGACCCUGAGUGAAGAGGAGCGGAAGAUUCUUAGCAAUAAGAACAUCUCCGCCAUCAUCCAAGGGAUCGGCAAAGACAAGGAACCCCUUGUAAGUUUUCUGGAACCAAAAAACAAAAACUUUCAACUCCCUUUAGUUUCCACCGCUAACCUCAUAGGCCCCGGACACAGUUUUUAUGGGAAAUUCAGUGGCAUUCGAAUGGAAGGGGAGGAGGCUCUCCCCGCCGGCCCCACUGCGGGCCCCGAGCAGCCCCAGGCGGGUCUCCUGACCCCCAGCACCCUCCUGAACCUUGGCGGGCUCACCAGCUCCGUCCUGAAGACCCCCAUUACCUCAGUCCCCCUAGGGCCUCUGGCCUCCAGUCCUACCAAGUCCUCAGAGGGCAAGGACUCUGGGGCAGCAGAAGGAGAGAAGCAAGAAGUGGGUGAUCCGGACUGCUUCUCGGAGAAGGCGGAGCCCGCUGAGGAGGAGGCGGAGGAGGAGGAGGAGGAAGAGGAGGCGGAGGAAGAGGAAGAGGAGGAGGAAGAUGAGGAGGAAGAAGAGGAAGAGGAGGGCUGCAAAGGACUCUUUCCAAGCGAGCUGGACGAGGAGCUGGAGGACAGGCCCCCCGAGGAGUCUGGGGCCGCGGCAGGUAGUAGCAGCAAAAAGGACCUUGCUCUCUCAAACCAAAGCAUUUCUAACUCCCCCUUAAUGCCUAAUGUGCUCCAGACCCUGUCCAGGGGCACAGCUUCUACUAGUUCUAAUUCCGCUUCUUCCUUUGUUGUCUUUGAUGGUGCGAACAGGAGGAAUCGUUUAAGCUUUAACAGUGAGGGCGUCAGGGCCAACGUGGCAGAGGGCGGCAGGAGGCUGGACUUUGCUGAUGAAAGUGCCAAUAAAGACAAUGCCACAGCACCAGAACCAAAUGAAAGCACAGAGGGGGACGAGGGGGGCUUUGUCCCCCAUCACCAGCACGCUGGCUCCCUCUGCGAGCUCGGGGUGGGGGAGUGCCCCUCGGGGAGCGGCGUGGAGUGCCCCAAAUGCGACACGGUCCUGGGCUCCUCCCGCUCACUGGGCGGCCACAUGACCAUGAUGCAUUCUCGCAACUCGUGCAAGACACUCAAGUGCCCCAAGUGCAACUGGCACUACAAGUACCAGCAGACGCUGGAGGCGCACAUGAAGGAGAAGCACCCGGAGCCGGGGGGCUCCUGCGUCUACUGCAAGAGCGGGCAGCCCCACCCCCGGCUGGCACGAGGCGAGAGCUACACGUGCGGUUACAAGCCUUUCCGCUGCGAGGUGUGUAACUACUCCACGACGACCAAAGGCAACCUCAGUAUCCAUAUGCAGUCCGACAAGCAUCUCAACAACAUGCAGAACCUGCAGAAUGGCGGGGGGGAGCAGGUGUUCAGCCACACAGCCGGGGCAGCGGCAGCCGCAGCGGCGGCGGCUGCAGCCGCGGCCAACAUGGGCAGCUCCUGCGGGGCCCCCUCGCCCACCAAACCAAAAACCAAGCCCACCUGGCGGUGCGAGGUGUGCGACUAUGAGACCAACGUCGCCCGGAACCUGCGCAUCCACAUGACCAGCGAGAAGCACAUGCAUAACAUGAUGCUGCUGCAGCAGAACAUGACCCAGCUCCAGCACGGCCGCCACCUGGGCCUGGGCGGCCUGCCGCCGCCCGCCGAGGCCGAGCUCUACCAGUACUACCUGGCCCAGAACGUCAGCCUGCCCAACCUGAAGGUGGACAGCACGGCCCCGGACGCCCCGUUCGUGAUGAGCGGCUUCCAGCUGGACCCCGCCGGGCCCGUGGCCGCCAUGACGCCCGCUCUAGUGGGCGGUGAAAUCCCCCUAGACAUGCGGCUCGGGGGCGGGCAGCUGGUGUCGGAGGAGCUGAUGAACCUGGGCGAGAGCUUCAUCCAGACCAACGACCCGUCGCUGAAGCUCUUCCAGUGCGCCGUCUGCAACAAGUUCAGCACGGACGCCCUGGACCUGCUGGGGCUGCACAUGAGCGUGGAGCGCAGCCUCCCGGAGGAGGAGUGGAAGGCGGUGAUGGGGGACUCGUACCAGUGCAAGCUAUGCCGCUACAACACCCAGCUCAAGGCCAACUUCCAGCUGCACUGCAAGACGGACAAGCACGUGCAGAAGUACCAGCUGGUGGCCCAUAUCAAGGAGGGCGGCAAGGCCAACGAGUGGCGGCUCAAGUGCGUGGCCAUCGGCAACCCCGUCCACCUCAAGUGCAACGCCUGCGACUACUACACCAACAGCUUGGAGAAGCUGCGGCUGCACACGGUCAACUCCAGGCAUGAGGCCAGCCUGAAGCUGUACAAGCACCUGCAGCAGCACGAGAGUGGCGUGGAGGGCGAGAGCUGCUUCUACCACUGCGUUCUGUGCAGCUACUCCACCAAGGCCAAGCUCAACCUCAUCCAGCACGUGCGCUCCAUGAAGCACCAGCGCAGCGAGAGCCUGCGCAAGCUGCAGCGGCUGCAGAAGGGCCUCCCCGAGGAGGACGAGGACCUGGGGCAGAUCUUCACCAUCCGCAGGUGCCCCUCCACCGACCCCGAAGAAGCCAUUGAAGAUGUUGAAGGGCCCAGUGACGCGGCUGCUGAUCCCGAGGAGCUCGCUAAAGACCAGGAGAGUGGAGGCGAGAAGGACCAGAGCAAGUGGACAGCAUCAUCAAGCCAAGCAGAGAAGGAGCUGACAGAUUCUCCUGCAACCUCCAAACGCAUCUCCUUCCCAGGUAGCUCGGAGUCCCCUCUUUCUUCAAAGCGACCAAAAACAUCAGAGGAGACCAAGCCGGAGCAGAUGUACCAGUGUCCCUACUGCAAGUACAGCAACGCCGACGUCAACCGGCUGCGCGUGCACGCCAUGACGCAGCACUCGGUGCAGCCCAUGCUCCGCUGCCCCCUCUGCCAGGACAUGCUCAACAACAAGAUCCACCUCCAGCUGCACCUCACCCACCUACACAGCGUGGCGCCCGACUGUGUGGAGAAGCUCAUCAUGACGGUGACCACCCCUGAGAUGGUGAUGCCCAGCAGCAUGUUCCUCCCAGCGGCUGUUCCAGAUCGAGACGGGAGCUCCAGUGUGGAGGAGGCAGGAAAGCAGCCUGAAACCUCAGAGGAUCUGGGAAAGAACAUCUUACCCUCUGCGAGCACAGAACACAGUGGAGAUUUGAAACCCUCUCCUGUGGACCCGGGCUCUGUGAGAGAAGAUUCAGGCUUCCUGUGCUGGAAGAAGGGGUGCAACCAGGUUUUCAAAACUUCCGCCACCCUCCAGACGCACUUCAACGAGGUUCACGGCAAGAGGCCCCAGCUGCCGGUGUCGGAUCGCCACGUGUACAAGUACCGCUGCAACCAGUGCAGCCUGGCCUUCAAGACCGUGGAGAAGCUGCAGCUGCACUCUCAGUACCACGUGAUCAGAGCGGCCACCAUGUGCUGUCUCUGUCAGCGCAGUUUCCGAACUUUCCAGGCUCUGAAAAAACACCUUGAGACAAGCCACCUGGAGUUGAGUGAGGCCGACAUCCAGCAGCUUUAUGGCGGCCUUCUGGCCAAUGGGGACCUCCUGGCAAUGGGGGACCCCACCCUGGCCGAGGACCAUACCAUAAUCGUGGAGGAAGACAAGGAGGAAGAGAGUGACUUGGAGGAUAAACAGAGCCCGACGGGCAGCGACUCUGGGUCGGUACAAGAGGACUCAGGCUCAGAGCCAAAGAGAGCCCUACCUUUCCGCAAAGGCCCCAACUUCACCAUGGAAAAAUUCCUGGACCCUUCUCGCCCUUACAAGUGCACCGUCUGCAAGGAAUCUUUCACUCAAAAGAACAUCCUGCUCGUGCACUACAAUUCUGUCUCCCACUUACACAAGUUAAAGAGAGCCCUUCAAGAAUCGGCUACCGGUCAGCCAGAACCCACCAGCAGCCCUGACAACAAACCUUUUAAGUGCAACACUUGCAACGUGGCCUACAGCCAGAGUUCCACCCUGGAGAUCCACAUGCGCUCUGUGCUGCAUCAGACCAAGGCCCGGGCAGCCAAGCUGGAGGCGGCGAGCAGCAGCAGUAAUGGCACCGGGGGUGGCAGCACAGCCCCCUUGAGCUCCUCCACCCCGAGUCCUGUGAGCACCAGUGGCAGUAACACCUUUACCACCACCAACCCAAGCAGUGCUGGCAUCGCUGCGAGCUCCAGCUUAUUGAGUCAAGUGCCCGCUGAAAGUAUAGGAAUGCCACCCCUGGGGAACCCCAUCAGUGCCAACAUUGCAUCCCCUGCAGAGCCCAAGGAAGCCAACCGGAAGAAGCUGGCAGACAUGAUUGCAUCCAGGCAGCAGCAGCAGCAGCAGCAGCAACAAGCACAGACACUGGCCCAGGCCCAGGCUCAAGUUCAAGCUCACCUGCAGCAGGAGCUGCAGCAGCAGGCGGCUCUGAUCCAGUCCCAGCUGUUCAACCCCACCCUUCUGCCCCACUUCCCCAUGACCACCGAGACCCUGCUCCAGCUGCAGCAGCAGCAGCAUCUCCUCUUCCCCUUCUACAUCCCUAGUGCCGAAUUCCAGCUCAACCCGGAGGUGAGCUUGCCGGUGACCAGUGGGGCUCUAACGCUGACGGGGACGGGGCCAGGCCUGCUGGAAGACCUGAAGGCCCAGGUUCAGAUCCCGCAGCAGGGCCACCAGCAGAUGCUGCAGCAGCAGCAGCAGCAGCAGAGCCAGCUCCCUCUGCCCCAGAGUCACCCUGCCCUCCUACAGCCCGGCCAGCACACUGAAAAGAAAAACAAACUGGUUAUCAAAGAAAAGGAGAAAGAAAGCCAGAGAGAGAGGGACAGUGCCGAGGGGGGAGAGAUCAACUCGGGACCAAAGGAAUCACUGCCUGAUGCCUUGAAGGCCAAAGAGAAGAAAGAACUGGCCCCGGGGGUUAGUUCUGAGCCCUCCAUGCUCCCUCCACGCAUUGCCUCAGAUGCCAGAGGGAAUGCUACCAAGGCCUUGCUGGAGAACUUCGGCUUUGAGCUGGUCAUCCAGUACAACGAGAACAAGCAGAAGGUGCAGAAGAAGAAUGGGAAGACAGAACAGGGCGAGAACCCAGAGAAGCUUGAGUGUGAUUCCUGCGGCAAGCUGUUUUCUAACAUCUUGAUUUUAAAGAGUCAUCAAGAGCAUGUUCAUCAAAAUUACUUUCCAUUUAAACAGCUAGAGAGAUUUGCCAAACAGUACCGCGAGCACUACGACAAGCUGUACCCCCUGAGGCCUCAGACCCCCGAGCCGCCGCCCCCGCCGCCGCCCCCGCCUCCACCCCCGCUGCCGGCAGCGCCGCCCCAGCCAGCAUCCACCCCGGCCAUCCCUGCGUCGGCCCCACCCAUCACCUCACCCACCAUCGCCCCGGCCCAGCCGUCCGUGCCGCUCACCCAGCUCUCCGUGCCCAUGGAGCUGCCCAUCUUCUCGCCACUCAUGAUGCAGACGAUGCCACUGCAGACACUGCCGGCUCAGCUGCCCCCUCAGCUUGGACCCGUGGAGCCCCUGCCCACGGACCUGGCCCAGCUGUACCAGCAUCAGCUCAAUCCGAGUCUGCUCCAGCAGCAGAAUAAGCGGCCUCGCACCAGGAUCACGGAUGACCAGCUCCGAGUCCUGCGGCAGUAUUUUGACAUUAACAACUCCCCCAGUGAAGAGCAGAUCAAAGAGAUGGCAGACAAGUCUGGGUUGCCCCAGAAAGUGAUCAAGCACUGGUUCAGAAACACGCUCUUCAAAGAGCGGCAGCGGAACAAGGACUCCCCUUACAACUUCAGCAAUCCUCCUAUCACCAGCCUGGAGGAGCUCAAGAUUGACUCUCGGCCCCCUUCACCAGAACCUCAGAAGCAGGAGUACUGGGGGAGCAAGAGGUCUUCGAGAACAAGGUUUACUGACUAUCAACUGAGGGUCCUGCAGGACUUCUUUGAUGCCAACGCUUACCCAAAGGACGACGAAUUUGAGCAACUCUCUAAUUUACUGAACCUUCCAACCCGAGUCAUAGUGGUCUGGUUUCAAAACGCCCGACAGAAGGCCAGGAAAAAUUAUGAGAAUCAGGGAGAGGGCAAAGAUGGAGAGCGGCGUGAGCUUACAAAUGAUAGGUAUAUUCGAACAAGCAACUUGAACUACCAGUGCAAGAAGUGCAGCCUGGUGUUCCAGCGCAUCUUCGAUCUCAUCAAGCACCAGAAGAAGCUGUGUUACAAAGAUGAGGACGAGGAAGGGCAGGAUGACAGCCAGAAUGAGGACUCCAUGGAUGCCAUGGAAAUCCUGACACCCACCAGUUCCUCCUGCAGCACCCCGAUGCCCUCCCAGGCUUACAGCGCCCCAGCACCCGCAGCCAAUACGGCAUCCUCUGCUUUCUUACAGCUUCCAUCAGAGGCUGAUGAGCUGGCCACCUUCAGUGCAAAACCAGAGGCGAGUGAUGAGAAACCAAAGCAGGCUGACCCUCCCAGUGCACAGCCAAACCAAACCCAGGAGAAGCAAGGACAACCAAAGGCAGAGCUGCAGCAGCAAGACCAGCCCGAGCAGAAGAUGAGCGCUGCCCAGCAGAAGCUCCCGCAGCUGACGUCCCCCGCACCGGUACCUACGCAGCCUCCUCCACAGGUGCCCCCCCCUCAGUGCCCCUUGCCCCAGUCAAGCCCCAGCCCCUCCCAGCUCUCCCACCUGCCCCUCAAGCCCCUCCAUACGUCAACUCCUCAGCCGCUGGCCAACCUACCUCCUCAGCUAAUCCCCUACCAGUGUGACCAGUGCAAGUUGGCGUUCCCAUCGUUUGAGCACUGGCAGGAGCAUCAGCAGCUUCACUUCCUGAGUGCACAGAACCAAUUCAUCCACCCCCAGUUCUUGGACAGGUCACUGGAUAUGCCUUUCAUGCUGUUUGACCCCAGUAACCCACUGCUGGCAAGCCAGCUGCUCUCUGGGGCCAUACCUCAGAUUCCGGCAAGCUCAGCCACUUCCCCUUCAACUCCCACCUCCACGAUGAACACUCUGAAGAGGAAGCUGGAGGAAAAGGCCAGCGCAAGCCCUGGAGAAAACGACAGUGGGACAGGGGGAGAAGAACCUCAGAGAGACAAGCGUCUGAGGACAACUAUCACACCAGAACAGCUAGAAAUUCUCUACCAAAAGUAUCUCUUGGACUCCAAUCCAACUCGAAAGAUGUUGGAUCACAUCGCGCAUGAGGUGGGCUUGAAGAAACGUGUAGUCCAAGUCUGGUUUCAGAACACCCGGGCCCGGGAAAGGAAAGGACAGUUCCGGGCGGUGGGCCCAGCGCAGGCCCACAGGAGGUGCCCUUUCUGCAGAGCACUCUUCAAAGCCAAGACUGCCCUGGAGGCUCAUAUCCGGUCCCGUCAUUGGCAUGAAGCCAAGAGAGCUGGCUACAACCUAACUCUGUCUGCAAUGCUCUUAGACUGUGACGGGGGACUGCAGAUGAAGGGAGAUAUUUUUGAUGGAACUAGCUUUUCCCACCUACCCCCAAGCAGUAGUGAUGGCCAAGGUGUUCCCCUCUCACCUGUGAGCAAAACCAUGGAGUUGUCUCCCAGGACUCUUCUGAGCCCUUCUUCCAUCAAGGUGGAAGGCAUGGAAGAUUUUGAAAGCCCCUCCAUGUCCUCAGUUAAUCUAAACUUUGACCAGACUAAGCUGGACAAUGAUGACUGUUCCUCAGUCAACACAGCGAUCACAGAUACCACUACUGGAGAUGAGGGCAAUGCAGAUAAUGAUAGUGCGACGGGAAUAGCAACUGAAACCAAAUCCUCUUCUGCGCCCAGUGAAGGGUUGACCAAAGCAGCCAUGAUGGCAAUGUCCGAGUAUGAAGAUCGGUUGUCAUCCGGCCUGGUCAGCCCAGCUCCCAGCUUUUACAGCAAGGAAUACGACAAUGAAGGUACCGUGGACUACAGUGAAACCUCAAGCCUUGCAGACCCCUGCUCUCCAAGCCCUGGUGUGAGUGGGUCAGCAGGCAAAUCUGGAGACAGCGGGGAUAGGCCCGGGCAGAAACGUUUUCGCACUCAAAUGACCAAUCUGCAGCUGAAGGUCCUCAAGUCAUGCUUCAAUGACUACCGGACACCCACCAUGCUGGAGUGUGAAGUCCUGGGCAAUGACAUUGGACUGCCAAAGAGAGUUGUUCAGGUCUGGUUCCAGAAUGCCCGGGCAAAAGAAAAGAAGUCCAAGUUAAGCAUGGCCAAGCAUUUUGGUAUAAACCAAACAAGUUACGAGGGACCCAAAACAGAGUGCACUUUGUGUGGCAUCAAGUACAGCGCUCGGCUGUCUGUACGUGACCAUAUCUUUUCCCAACAGCAUAUCUCCAAAGUUAAAGACACCAUUGGAAGCCAGCUGGACAAGGAGAAAGAGUACUUUGACCCAGCCACUGUACGUCAGCUGAUGGCUCAACAAGAGCUGGACCGGAUUAAAAAGGCCAAUGAGGUCCUUGGACUGGCAGCUCAGCAGCAAGGGAUGUUCGACAACGCCCCUCUGCAGGCUCUCAACCUUCCUACGGCAUACCCGGCGCUCCAGGGCAUUCCUCCUGUGUUGCUCCCUGGCCUCAACAGCCCCUCCCUGCCAGGCUUCACUCCAUCCAACACAGCUUUAACGUCUCCUAAACCGAACUUGAUGGGUCUGCCCAGCACAACAGUUCCUUCCCCUGGCCUCCCCACAUCUGGAUUACCAAAUAAACCGUCCUCAGCAUCGCUGAGCUCCCCGACCCCAGCACAAGCCACCAUGGCGAUGGCCCCUCAGCCAGCCCCCCAACCCCAGCAGCAACAGCCACAGGUGCAGCCGCCGCCGCCAGCAGCCCAGCCACCACCUGCACCACAGCUCCCGCCGCAGCAGCAGCCGCAGCAGCGCAAGGACAAAGACGGCGAGAAGGUCAAGGAGAAGGAGAAGGCACACAAAGGGAAAGGGGACCCCCUGCCUGUCCCCAAGAAGGAGAAAGGAGAGGCCCCCACGGCGGCUGCAGCCACGCUCUCAGCGCCACUGCCCGCCAUGGAGUAUGCGGUGGACCCCGCACAGCUGCAGGCCCUGCAGGCGGCCUUGACUUCAGACCCCACGGCGUUGCUCACGAGCCAGUUCCUCCCUUACUUUGUACCAGGCUUCUCUCCUUACUACGCCCCCCAGCUCCCCGGCACCCUGCAGAGCGGGUACCUGCAGCCGAUGUAUGGCAUGGAAGGCCUGUUCCCCUACAGCCCUGCGCUGUCGCAGGCCCUGAUGGGGCUGUCCCCGGGCUCCCUGCUGCAGCAGUACCAGCAAUACCAGCAGAGUCUGCAGGAGGCCCUCCAGCAGCAGCAGCAACGGCAACUACAGCAGCAGCAGCAGCAGCAAAAAGUGCAGCAGCAGCAGCAGCCCAAAGCAAGCCAAACCCCAGUCCCCCCGGGGGCUGCUUCCCCAGACAAAGACCCUGCCAAAGAAUCCCCCAAACCAGAAGAGCAGAAAAACGCACCCCGUGAGGUGUCCCCCCUCCUGCCGAAACCCCUCGAAGAGCCAGAAGCAGAAAGCAAAAGUGCGGACUCCCUCUACGACCCCUUCAUUGUUCCAAAGGUGCAGUACAAGUUGGUCUGCCGCAAGUGCCAGGCUGGCUUCGGUGACGAGGAGGCGGCGAGGAGCCACCUGAAGUCCCUCUGCUUCUUCGGCCAGUCUGUGGUGAACCUGCAAGAGAUGGUGCUUCACGUCCCCACGGGCGGCGGCGGUGGCAGCGGCGGCGGCGGCGGUGGCGGCUCGUACCACUGCCUGGCGUGCGAGAGCGCGCUGUGUGGGGAGGAAGCUCUGAGUCAACAUCUCGAGUCGGCCUUGCACAAACACAGAACAAUCACGAGAGCAGCAAGAAACGCCAAAGAGCACCCUAGUUUAUUACCUCACUCUGCCUGCUUCCCCGAUCCUAGCACCGCAUCUACCUCGCAGUCUGCCGCUCACUCAAACGACAGCCCCCCUCCCCCGUCGGCCGCCGCCCCCUCCUCGUCCUCGUCCUCCGCUUCCCCCCACGCCUCCAGGAAGUCUUGGCCGCAAGUGGUCUCCCGGGCUUCGGCCGCGAAGCCCCCUUCUUUUCCUCCUCUCUCCUCAUCUUCAACGGUUACCUCAAGUUCAUGCAGCACCUCAGGGGUUCAGCCCUCGAUGCCAACAGACGACUAUUCGGAGGAGUCUGACACGGAUCUCAGCCAAAAGUCCGACGGACCGGCGAGCCCGGUGGAGGGUCCCAAAGACCCCAGCUGCCCCAAGGACAGUGGUCUGACCAGUGUAGGAACGGACACCUUCAGAUUGUAAGCUUUGAAGAUGAACAAUACACACAAAUGAAUUUAAAUAAAAAAAUUAAUAACAAACCAAUUUCAAAAAUAGACUAACUGCAAUUCCAAAGCUUCUAACCAAAAAAAAAAAAAAAAAAAAAGGAAAAAAAGAAAAAGCGUGGGUUGUUUUCCCAUAUACCUAUCUAUGCCGGUGAUUUUACAUUGUUGUCUUUUCUUUUCUCUUUUAAUAUUAAAAAGAAAAAAACCCUUAACCCUGUUACAUUGUGUCCUUUUGAAGGUACUAUUGGUCUGGGAAACAGAAGUCCACAGGGCCUCCCUAUGUCUUUGGAGCUUAAACCCCUUGUAUAUUUGCCCCUUUCCAAUAAACGCCCCACGUUGAUAGCACAGAGGAGCCCGGCAUGCACUGUAUGGGAAAGCAGUCCACCUUGUUACAGUUUUAAAAAAUUUCUUGCUAUCUUAGCAUUCAGAUACCAAUGGCUUGCUAAAAGAAAAAAAGAAAUGUAAUGUCUUUUUAUUCUCAGGUCAAUCGCUCACACUUUGUUCUGUUUUCAGAAUCAUUGUUUUAUAUAUAUUAUUUUUUGGUUUUUUUUUUUUUUUGGUUUGUUUUUAUUUUCGUUCCAGAAAAGAUUUUUUUGUUUUGUUAAUUUAAAAACGGGCAGAAAGUAUUUGAGAAAAACAAUGUGAACUGCUUUAGCUUUCUGGGGAUUUUAAGGAUAGCUUUUCUGCUGAAGCCAAUUUCAAGGGGAAAAGUUAAGCACUCCCACUUUCAGAGUAAAAAAAAAAAAAAAAACCCACACAGAGUGUUGAGGACUUGUAGCUUAAAAAAAAAAGUUUUAAAAACUGACUUUCUGUAUUUAUGAUAGAUAUGACCAUUUUUGGUGUUGAGUAGAUUGUUGCAUUGGAAAUGAACUGAAGCAGUAUGGUAGAUUUAAAAGGAAAAAAAAAAACCUUUUGUGUACAUUUAGCUUUUUGUAUGGUCCAGCUGACAGCUCCUCAUUUGAUGUUGUCUUGUUCAUUCCUAGCAGAUAGAUUGCAAUCCGUUGAUUUGCCUAAGCUUUUCUCCCCUUUGUCCCUUAAUUCCACUUUCUCUUUCCUCCUCCCACCCUAUAAUCUCCCAUUUAAGGUAGCUGCCUUCAUUUCUUAGAGGGUAGCUGCAGAAUUAUUUUAUAAAACUAAAGAAAGAAUUUCAAAGGGUUCUAGGGGUCAUUAGGAUCCUCACAGAUUAUUUUUGGUUGGGGAGUUGAAACUUUUUAAAGGCAUAUAAUUCUAGUUAUCUACGUCUGUUAGCCUUGUACAUUUAGUUUUUAUUUAUCCUUCUUUUGGGUUUUUUUUUUCACCUGAUUUUCCCCCUCCUUGUUUGGUAGAUGCUUCAAAUAUUCUUUUCCUGAACUAAAGCAUUCGUUUCGGUUUGUGUAAUUGGGCUGUGUACUUUUCUUUUCUAAAAAAGUUUUUGGUUAGGGGUUUGGUUUCUGUGUUUUUGUUUUGUUUUCUUUCCUCUCUCAGAAAAAGAAAUUUCAUGCUUUAAAUAAAAUCCAAAGACACACCCUUUCACUGCUGAGGCAGAAAAAAGGGAAAGGGUUCUUGUUACUUGAGAAUUUGUUUCUGAUUUAAACAAACAAGACUUAGUUUAAUAAAAGAAAGAGUAAAACAAAAGAUUCCCAGGUUGUUAUGUGCUUCUUCUGCAAGCAGAGAGGCAACUGUUAAUGAAAUUCCAUAUACCAAAAGACACAUUUUUCACUUCAAAGUUUUGUCCUUGUGUUAGGCAGUCUGAGCGGUGAGUGAUCCAGAGCGCAGCCAACAAAGAAGCAGAUAGCACUUGUACGUACAGAGAGCAAAAAAGGAGCCGUGUGUGAGGCACUUGUGUUUAUGUUAAUAUCCAUAUUCCUGUAACAUGCAACACAACGCAACAUACACCCUUUCUCAUCUUACAAAAAAAAGCGGUCUGAACUUUGAAAGGAAAACUUUGUGCUGCUAUAACGUAGAUUUUGGAGACAAAUAGAUGCUUUGCUGUUUCACUUUCAUAGCCAAACAUCAACCGAAAGAAUCUCCCCUGACCCCGAAAGUUGAAGUCCUUCUCCCUUUCAUUCUCUUCCUUAUGUUUCAAAAGGGAACUUUGAAGACUGUGAAUGCAGGUUCCUCUGGUCACCUUUGGGCUUCUUUCCCCAAAUGAGUGCGGAAGCCACUCAUCGACUUUGCAAAAAGACUGGAGCAUUCCAAGAUCUGAAAAUGGAUUUCUUUUUUUCUCUUUUUCUUUUUUAGCCGGGACUAUUUUAUUUUUAUGAAUUUGUUUUUAGUUUAAUGAAAGAAUAGAUCCUGAACUGUUGUAUAUAUUUCUAACUAGGCUGACUGAUGCACAGUGCAAAUCCCUUUUUUAAUUUUUUAAGUAGAAAUACUAAAGAAUACCGUCUAACUAUUCAUACCAGUAUCCAGCUGUAGCAUAAGGUGUCAAAACAAGUACGCAAAAUAUUUGCUGUUUUAGCAAGCUGUUUCUUUUGCCAAGAAUUCUUGUAUUUCUCCCUGUGUUUGAGAUGAACAUUUUUAAAUUUUGAAGUUGUACAGUUUUGUUUUCCAUUAUUUUAUCUUGUUUGUAACUCUAUGAAAUAUAUAUAUAUUUUUUGCCAUUUAACUGUUGUAUGUUACUCUGUGUCUGUAUCAUAUAGAAAAAAAAUUGUUUUUGUUUUUGGUUCUCUAUGUGAUACCAAUUAACAAUUUAACACUAGCUUUACCUAUCAAAUUCUGCUAGGUCUUUUCUGAAAACUUUGUUUUUAAAAAUGAUAACUGCUUGGUAAUAGUGCAAUUUCUACCCCUUUUCCUCCCCCCUCAACUUUAAGUUCAUUUCCUUGUAAUUUUGCCACCUUCUCCCCAAUGGCUUUUUUUUUUUUUUUUUGAGCUACUAUGCCAUCCUCCCUCUGUGAGGCAGAGUGACUGUCAGUGUUUUGGUAUGCCAUGCCUCGACCUGUGGGUGUGUUUGGCAACAGCAAGGUGGUUGGGUAGAGUGGCUAAGCCUGCUUCCACCCACCAAUGUUCUCCAGAGGGGUUAUGUGAGUGUUUCAACCUGGAGUGGGUUGCAUGCUUAAUGCUUUCCUCUACAACUGUACCACCCACGCGUAUGUUCAUUCAAAAAGAAAAAAUAAUUCUUCUCAGCAUUAACCCAGAAGUAGCAAAGCAGUCAGUGAUGGUGAAGCUUAGAGGUCAGACAAGAGCUAGUUGAUGUUUGUGGGCUGACAUCCACCAUGACUGUGACCAGAAUCAUUUACAAAGCAUGAAUUCACUACAAUGCUCAACUGUUUAGACUGGUCUCACUCAGAGAAUUUACUCCUGUAGGUAGCUGAAUAGGAUAUCUCAACUCACUUUUAAAAUUAGUUUUUCACCUCCAUUAACACUUCAUAUUUUGGUUGGUUGGUUUUUUUCUGACUUUCCACAGUGUGGGUUGGUGCUGGCCACUAUUCAGUCACAGCACAAAAUGUGCCCACAGAAUGGGAGUUAUUUCUUCCAUCCUCCAAAAAGAAACUUAAGAAGGAAACACACACACACACGGAAAAGUUUAAUAAAUCUAGGAAGGUUUUUUUUUUUUUAAUUAAAAGCUAUUUAAAGAUAUGAAUGUGGCCAAAGUUUUACACAAUUGAAAAUAAAGUAAAACAGACGGCAUGUGUUUAAACCUGAGUUUAUCAGGCAUGGCAGGAAGUUGCAGGAGAGAGAGGCAGUGACCCAAGCCAGUGCACUUGAUGUUCAUGGACAUAUAUUUUUUUUAAAUAAUAAAUUAAAUUAAAACAUUUUAAAUAGAAGCAUAAAUUGAGUUGGUUGGUUGUUGGCGCUGAGAUACUGCCCACUGUGAAACAAAGCUUUGACUAGUUUUUUUGUUUAUUUACUUUCUUCGGGGGGGGGGGGGAGGGGGGCAAGUUUGGGUAGGAAAGAAAGCAUACAUGAACGUGACCCUGAGGUGAAGAGGUAUAUGAACAGCCUUUGCAAUGUACAAAAAACAAAAAACAAAAAAAAAAACAAAAAAAAAAUAGAGCAAGUGAAACCAAAAAUGAUGUUCUUGGUGUUUUUCUAUAAUGUAGUCUUGUUAGCUUUUUUGUUACUGUAACAAUGCUGAUCUCGAACUGUACCAAAAUACAUGGAGACUAACAGAACCACAUGGAACUUUCAAACUGAAAAAAAUUUGUCACAAAAACUUUGUUGUCAUAGUUAAGUUGAUUGUAGAUGGUAAUUGAAUAUACUCCUUUGAAAAUAUUUCAUCAAGUAUGUUUCCUGCUCAUUGUGAUACAUUAAAAAAAUAUGAGCAAA